AUGACGGCGGCGGCUCAGAUUCCGACGUCGACGACGGCUUCUUCGGCCAAAAGCAGGACGAGGAGGCGCCAACGCCCUCCCCGGACGUCCUGCCUCGCCAGCGCCCCAGCUGCGGGGUCCGACGUGCUGCGCGCGCUGCAGAGGGCCGCCGCGGCCAAGGAGGCCGCCAGGAACAAGAAGAAAGACAUGAAGAAGCCGGCGGUGCGCCAGCGGCAGGGGAAGGAGAAGCCGGCGGGUGGCGACGUGGAAGUCCGGGAGGUGAGGCCUGUGGUGAUAAGGCCCGAGUGGGCGGCGAGGAUCCGGGAGCUGGAGAGCUCAGGGUGCAGCAGCUCGCCGUCGACAAGUCUUCGUCAUGGUGAAAUGGAGCGUGACUGUUUGAUUGCAUAUGGUGCUAGCAUGCUCAUCUUUGAACGUCUAUUGCUAUCCAGUGAUCCAUAUCAAGUCCAGAAAAUGUGGCUUGUUGCGGGACUACAAUCACAAACUGAAGACUCUGCACUGUUCAAUGUGCAAGAACGGGGAAAAUAUGGCCAAGAUGAGGCUGCCAUAUGCUUGCAAGCUUUUGUUCCAGGAGUUGCAAGCGAUGAAUGUUGUUCCACGACUGAAGUUAACUGA